CUGCUCACCACCCCCCUCUCUCUGCCCAGCAUGUCCUCGCUCCGCGUGCAGGUCGCGACGUACAACUACAACUUGCGCGGCCUCUCCUCUGCGCCCGACUUUACGCCGUGGCUUGUGCCGACGCUGAGCGCCAAGUCUGCGGCGUACGUCUCGGGCAGCAACCCGCUCGAGGGGCGUCCGGCGCCCGACAUCUACGCCGUCGGCUUCCAGGAGCUGCUGCCUCUCGACGUCGCCUUCUCUUCCGGCGCCGCAGCAGGGCAAGAUGCCAUCGCGAGCACCGACACUGCCAUUCGCCGGGCCAUCCGGCCGCAGAGCGCCGUGACGCGCAGUGAUGGCAAGUACCCUCCCGGCGGCGGGCCAGAGGACUACGCCCUCGUGGCGCGCAUCCAGCUCGUGUCCAUCGUGCUCUUCGUCUACGCACGCGAGCGCAGCGACUCGCCGGGCGCCAAGAGCAUCGCGCAGCGCGUCAAGGAGGUGCGCUCGGCCACGGUCGGCACGGGCCUGCUGGGCCUCAUGGGCAACAAGGGCGCAGUGGGCGUGCGUGUCGUGCUCGAGGGAGCAAAGCGCGAGACGGACGACGAGGUCCUCACAUUCGUGUGCGCGCAUCUUGCCGCGCACGACCACCAGGUGGCUCGCCGCAACCGAGACUGGCGCAACAUCGUCUCGCGUCUCGUCUUCACUCCCUCCUCGCUGCACGCACUGCCUCCGCAGCAGGUCGUGCCUGUACGCUCUGGCGGAGGAGCACCCAACACUGAGGAGCUGAAGCGGCAAUACGAGGAGUCGAAGAAGGGAGCGGGCAACAAGGGUCUCGCUGCACUCGACGGCAAGGAGCACGGCAUCUACGACUCGACGCAUCUCUUCGUCUUUGGCGAUCUCAACUAUCGCAUUGCCUUCAACUCCGCCCCGGCGCCUCAUCUGGCGCGCAAGGGCGGCGAAGGCGAGAAGCUGAAGAAGGCAGACGUGAAGCGCAAGGUGCAGCAAGCCGACUGGCGGACUCUUGCGGCAUACGAUCAGCUCUUGAUUGAGCGGCAUCACCCUUCCGGCGCGCGCGUCUUCCACGGUCUCACGGAGCCGCCGCUGGCCAGUGCCGGCUUUGGCCCGACGUACAAGUACAAGAUCGACAAGAAGAAGAGCGCGGAAGAGCUGGCGAAGGAGAAGGGCGAGGGCGUGCUGAGUGGCAAGCGUGUGCCUGGGUGGACGGACAGAAUCCUCUGGGCGAGCGUGGGCGCUGAGGAGGAGGAGAUGCAUGGAGUGGAAGUGGAGCUGUAUCGCAGCGUCAUGAGCUACACGAUCUCCGACCACAAGCCAGUCACUACUCUCCUUCGCCUUCCCGCCUCGCGCGGCACGCUUCUCUCGAGGCACGCGCCGUACGCCAUUGACGCGUCGUGGCGCAGCAAGGCGCUCGUGGGCCGCACGCUCGACGGCGCACUCGGCAUCGUCUGGCGCGCACUCGUCACCGCGGGCGCAGGCAACGUGGUUGCCGGAGCGCUCGAGGCCGUCGUCGUGCUGCUGCUCGCGGUGUGGUACCUUGGCAACGGAGGAGGCGAUGCGGGGUGGUGGAUUCCCAGCCUGCGGGCAUAGGCGACGUUGGAGAGGAUUUUCACACGCGAGCUUCAGAUGGGCGGUGCAGUCUGCGCACGUGAUGGACGAGACCGAAGCAACCCACUUCUCACCAUCCGCCUGCACCCUGAGUG